AAUAGGUACCUAAUAUAGUAAUAUAUAAUAUAAUACUCAAUACUCAUGGUGACAUAGCAGUCCACUUGUUAAAAUUAAGUUGACGACUACUCAUUAAUAAGUAAUUUUUUGUGUUAACGAUGUUUAUCAUUAGCAGAGAAAUCAUAAUACAAGUUGUUACUUGUUGGUUAAGUACCUACUAAGUUGUUAUAACAUUUUUUCACGAUCCAAGAUGUUCGAAUUCAUUUGGUAAGUAAUAACUAGGCUUAGACACAAUUUAACUAAUAACUAAAUAACAUAAGUUAUAAUUAAGGUAUAAUUCUAGCUUAGCUGCCACUCGAUUUUUAUGGUUUUUUUUUUCAAAAUGUUGUUUUUGCGUGUACAUUAAAAAUAUAAAAAAAAAAAGUCUGACAUACUUUUUUUGAAAGUUUUGGGGGAAAACUUCAUGAAGUUUGGGUUUUGCGGUUUCGUGAAUUUCUUAGAUAGAAUUUAACAUUUUCAAAAAUUUUUUUUUCCAAAAUAUGUAGGUAUUUUUUAAUGCUUAAUCCAUCAAUGUAAUCAAAACUUACCUAUCAUAUUUAUUUUUAUAGUUUUUGUACAUAAACCUUAAAAAUAGUAUUUUUGGAAUUAAUCCAAAAUGUGGUCAAAAAUAGACAUUUUUUAUUAUUAUUAUUAUUUGUAGUUAUUGAUAUUUUGAUAACAAAGUUUUUAUUAAAGUCAAAAUAAGUCUAUCUGGCCUAGUUUAAAGUUACUACAAAUAUUGAAACGCGCGUUAGGUAAGGUCAGGUUAGGUUAAGCAUCUAUGUGCUUACUCUGACAAUUUUAAUCGAAAAUAACCCUAGAGAGUGAACGCAUUGAGUCUCUAGUUCCACUUAAAAUGCUUUUUCAAUUUAUGCUGUUCCCUACCUGACGUGGUUUUGCAUAACAAAUCAAGGGUUAUUUUCAAUUAAAAUAGUUCGAGUAAGCGCAGCGAAACACGGCACAUUUGAAUAUUUGUAACUCUAAAACGAAGCAAGAUACUUAUUCUGACUUCAAUAAAAAAAAACUUUGUUAUCAUAAUAUCAAAAUACCAAAAAUGCUAUUUUUGAAGGUUUAUGUAUAAAAACUAUGAAAAUAAGUAUGAUAGGUAAAUUUUGAUUAAACCGAUGGAUUGAGCAUUAAAAAAAAACUACAUAUUUUGGGAAAAAAAAUUUUGAAAAUAUUAAAUUCUAUCUAAGAAAUUCACAAAACGCAAAACCCAAACUUCAUGAAAUUUUCUCCCAAAACUUUCAAACAAAGUACGUCCGACUUUUUAAUGUGUAUUCAAAACCAUACACUUUGAAAAAAAAAAAAUUGUGUGAGAGCUAAAGCAGAAUUGUUCCAACAUAAAUAUUUAUUUUGACAAAUUGAAUGUUAUUAAUGUAUUAAAAAUAUUUUCUGUUUAAUUUAGAUGACCUUUGAAAAGUUUAGUGAGCAGCUUUGAGUAAAAAUAUAUGCAAGUACAAUAAAUCCUUUAGAUAAAUCAAACAUGGUCAAAAAUAAAACCAUUAUCAAAUUGUUUGAGAAAGCGGGCAAUGUUGGUUCACAACCGAACUUAGUAAGAAUAAUUAAAGCCAAAUAUGAUGCAAUGAAUUUUGAUGAAUUUAAAAUUUUAUUUAUGGAAGCAUUGUGUUCUGUUUUUAUUUCGGAUACGCCUAUGUAUUGUUCAGUUGUCAACAAUAUGAUCAAGUUUGCUGCCCAUAGUUUAUCAGUGCUAAGCAAAGACAACAUUAAGGAUGAGCAUGGUGGUAUGAUUUUGUUAACAGAUUUUUUUUCGAAUAUGUGUUCGUAAAUCAAAAUGCAACAAUAAAAUAAUUAGGUGGCGAUUUUGUCUGUUUUUUGAUUAUCUGUUUAAUUUUAUGUCCACUGACACUGCAUUGUCAGUUGAACUGUGCGAAUUCACAACGUCAAUCAUACUGUGUCGAUUAACAGAUAAAGCAGCAGAAGUUCGAGUACAAGCUGUACAUGCUUUACACUGGUUGCAAUUACCUGACUAUAAAAAGUGUAAAAUAGUUAAGCAAUUCUUAUUUCAUAUGACUUGUGAUCCAUGCGUUGAAGUUAGAGCAUCCAUUGCCAAACAAAUUGUCAUGUUUAAUGUUGUUGUCGACAAAAUGUUAGAAUACACUUUGUCUGAUAGGAAUAAAAGUGUUAAGAAAGAAGCUUACAAUCGGUUAAUAGAGUACCCAUUUGAUCGUUUAUCAUCCCAACAAAGACAAAUUAUAGUGGAAUAUGGAUUAAAAGACCCUGAUAGUAUUAAGUAUUAAGUAUUAAGUAUUUAAUCAAAAAGCAACUAUUGGAAAAAUGGUUGAAGAACUGCAACAAUGAUUUUGAAAUACUUUUAAAGCACAUGGAUUUAGAAAAUGUAUCAGUAUGUGAACAAAUUAUAAAUAUAUUGUUUGAGUCCAUUUAUGAUAGUCAAGUUUUGGAAUUGACAAAUAAGUAUUUGAAUUCCAAGUCUCGACUAAUUAAUUUUAAUAAAUUGACAAUGGAAAAGAUUUUUCUAUGGAAAUGUACUAGUAAAUAUUUAACUAUUGAAAAAAAAAUAGCAUUGGCUAAUGCAGAGGGUCAUGAAUAUAUUGAAGUUUUAUUACCAGAUAUGGUCAUAUUUUCUAAUUAUAUACGAGAAUAUUAUUUUAUUUACAAUACCAGGGGUGACAAAGAAUUUAUACUGAUGCAAUUAUUGGAUUUAGCUAGUAUAUUUGCUAUGGACGAUGUUGGUGCAACAAGUUUAAAUAUACUUUGUCAUGAUUUAAUAUUAGACAGCAAGACAUCUGUCACACAACCAUACAACCUGUCAUACAACCUCUAA